ACACUGAAGAGUUGUCGUUCUUUGGUUGGGAUACGCGUUAUGAACCCUUUCUGGAGCAUGUCUACGAGUUCUGUGCGCAAGAGACCUGAUGCUGAAGAGAAAACUUUGAGUGGAGAGCUGCGAACCAGUCCUCUACGAGCCUCUACAAAGAAACAGUUGCCUUCUAUUCCAAAGAAUGCUGUGCCAAUAACCAAGCCUGCUUCACCUGCCAUGUCAUCCCAAUCAACAAAUGGAACACAUGCUUCUUACGGGCCGUUUUAUUUGGAGUAUUCCCUACUUGCAGAAUUUACCUUGGUUGUAAAGCAGAAAUUGCCAGGUGUCUACGUGCAGCCAUCUUACCGAUCAGCAUUAAUGUGGUUUGGUGUAAUAUUCAUAAGACAUGGGCUCUACCAGGAUGGUGUGUUUAAAUUUACUGUCUAUAUUCCUGAUAAUUACCCAGAUGGAGACUGCCCGCGCUUGGUUUUUGAUCUGCCUGUCUUCCAUCCACUAGUAGAUCCUUUAUCUGGUGAACUGGACGUGAAAAGAGCAUUUGCAAAAUGGAGGCGAAAUCAUAAUCACAUAUGGCAAGUAUUAAUGUAUGCUCGCAGAGUCUUCUACAAGAUUGAUACAACUACUCCUCUGAAUCCUGAGGCUGCAGUGCUGUAUGAAAAAGAUAUUCAGCUCUUCAAAACUAAAGUGGUGGACAGUGUCAAACUAUGCAGCAGUCAUUUGUUUGAUCAGCCCAAAAUAGAGGAUCCGUAUGCAAUCAUUUUUUCUCCAUGGAAUCCAGCUAUACAUGAUGAAGCUAGAGAGAAGAUGUUGUCUCAGAAGAAGAAGCCAGAAGAUCAGCACUGCAAAAGCAUGCAUGUUUCUGGACUCUCCUGGGUAAAGCCUGGCACAGUUCAGCCUUUCAGCAAAGAGGAGAAGACGAUGCCUACUUAGCUCUUCUGGACGAUGGUGCACAAAACACUUUCUGUGGGUGGAGGGAAUGUAACGGAAGGAGAAACAACAAAGCAGCAGUUUCCUUCUUAACUACGGAUUAGUAAAAACUGAAUGGUAGCAGUGACUCCAGUAAACCUGUUCAUUGGAUUACUGACUCUUAAGGUUUUACAUAUGCAUUAGGUUUUAAAGGCUUGCCUGGAGUUUGGAAGUCUCUCUUCAACACUGACUGCAGUGCUUCUACUUGAAGACUGUCUAUGGUGGGUAGUUCCUCAGGGCUCUGAAAUGCCUGGAGGCUUUGGGUUGGUUUUUAAGCUUUUAUUUUUUUUCCCCUCCAGGAAUAGCAGGUUUUUUAAAAAUCUUAAAUUACUGGCAGAAAUAUUAGUAUUGGAAAUAUGAUGCCAGAGGUGAGCUGUGUUCAUGUAAACUAAUAUAGCAGAGUUAAACACUAUAUUUAAUGGUUUUAAAUACUUUUGGUUUCUAUUGUAAAUAUAUUAGGAUUUGAAAUUGUAAAUAGACGGUUCAUUGACUUCCAUUAGCACUUUCAAGAGAUAAAGCUGGGGAUGAUGUAUGAUGUAUUAUUGAUAUGUAAAUGGAUACUGUCACUAAAGCGCACGUUAGUUUGAUAGGGUAAAAGCAAAAUGUUAAGCUUGUAGCUUUUUAUUACAUAAACACUAAAUCAAAGCUUGUAAUGGUGGUCUUUUAAGCUAAUAAAAUCAUAGAGUAUUUUAGAUUCCCUAGCUGUCUAGGGGAAGGGGAUUACUUAGGAUAGAUUGACUAAUGUGUUAAUAGUGACAUCUUCAAAUAAAAAGAACUUGUAAUCUA